AUGGUAAUUCUAGCAUCAACUCAAGCUGCAGCAAUGACGCAAGACGUGGUUGCAAAGGUGUUAGGGGUACCAAUGCACAAGGUUGUUUGCAAGGUAAAACGGAUAGGGGGAGGUUUUGGUGGAAAAGAAACACGCUCCCUCUUCAUAUCAGCAGCGGUUGCUGUUGCCGCGCAAGCAGUGCAAAGGCCAGUGCGUCUAAUCCUCGAUCGAGAUACAGAUAUGUUGAUAUCUGGGACGCGACACGCCUUUCUCGCACAUUACAAAGCUGCUUUCAAAUCCAACACAAUUCCAAAGCAGGUCUCUUCGGGUAAAAUGCAAUGCACUCCCUGGUUGGCCGUUUCCUUCGGACAGAACAGCUUCCAACCAACUAAAUUACGACAAUUGGAACAACGGAUCCCGUUUCACACGUACAACCUUGCGAGACAGUCUCCCUUUCUUCUCGAUCCUCCCUCCGCUGCUGCCACAAACCCUCACAAUGGCCUUCCUGUCCUCGUUCCGACCGCGCAGCCCCUUUCCCCUCGCGCCACCUGCCAUACACGCACGUCCUCCCGCCGACCACGCUCCGCGCCGCGUAUGGUCUAG